AUGUUAUUGAAAAUACCAAAAACAACAACGGCCAUAUUUUUGGUUAUUUGCUGUGUGAUUCAGUUCGAAAUCGCAGCAUCCUAUAAAACUGAAGUGGCCAUAACUCCCGCACCUCCUGAGGAAACAACAACAGCCAAAAGUGGUGGAUUUUUUGGUUGGUUCAAGCGUGGUACCACAACCACUACCACUACACCCUUACCCGUUCUAGAAGCCACCACCGCCAAAACACCACAAACUGUGCCCGGCCCCAAUAAUGCCAUUUCUGGCCAAACAUCCGGUCCGGCUAAUCGGCCACCACCAUUGAAUCUUAAUUUAAAACCAGCACCCAUGGUACCAUUGGGUCCACGACCAGAUACACCCUCCACAUCACCAUGGGGUGAUAAUCCUCAGCAGCCACCACAAUUUCCACAGUCUACAACAUCACAAAAUAACAACUUACCCAGACCCAAUGUGGCAGGACAACCAAAUGUUUUGCCCGGUUUUGGACCUUAUCAGCCACCUCAGAAGUCACAACCCUCUGGAUUUGAUUUAAGCUAUGGUGGUGGUGGUAUUAGUAGACCUGUACAGCCAAGUGUACGCCCUGGUUUUGGCCCUGGACCUGGUGUGGCUAGCACUCAGACCACAACAACAACCUCCACUACAACGACCACCACAGCCAAACCCAAUCAAAUGGCAUUUGAUUUACGUGGAGGCAUGGCGGAUCCCAAGAAACCCUCCACACCAACCAAGGAGGAUUUCCCAGCCCUGCCUGGACCCAGACGCCCAUCAAGUGGCAGUGUUAAAGAAGAUUUCCCUGCAUUGCCAGUGCCCAAGUCACCAACACCCACGCCAGGUUCGCCACAUAGCCCCUCAUCACCAUCGGCCUGGAAUAAACCUCUGCCCACACCAGCUGGCGCCGCAUUCUCCACAACCACCACCGUUAAGACUCCCACACCCAAGUCUCCGGCAGCUCCUGGUAGUCCAGGUGGUAAUGGUGUAUCGUUUGUGCCCCACUCUGGUGGUCGCGGCACCACCACUGUCCGCCCCGGCUUCCAAUCCAGUACCGACAACAAUCCCGUGGCCAGUGAUGCGGAGAUACAAACCCUUACCGAGACUUUGUACACCAAGGAGACGAAUAGCCAGCUAAGUUUGGUGACUGUUAAUCCUCAGGGUAAAACUCGAUCCAUUGAUAGUACCGAUGAAGCACCUCAGCCGUUGUUGGAUAUCAAUCCCAAAGUUUUUGAAAACCCCACUGUGGCCAAGAUGCGUUUGCUCUUCAAUAACUAUGAAGAGGACACCAUGACCAAUGAACAUGUCACUCCCAAUGAACGCAAGGAGGAAAAUGACUUUCUGGAUGCCGUGAUGGCCAGCAGUGUUAUGCGCCAGGCUAUGCUGUUCCUGCAGAAUAAGGGCAUUGUGGGCCCUGACCCCAAAACCCAUCGCGACAUGGUCAAGGAGUUGUGGUUUACCCAAUACUCACGAGGCAAUGGCCGCAUUGGCAGCUCUGGCUUUGAACAUGUCUUUGUUAAUGAGGUCAAGAACGGCACCAUUAUUGGCCUACACAAUUGGGUGUACUUUGCCGAUGAGGAGAAGGCCGGACGUUUGGACUAUAAGGGUUAUCUAAAUCAAAUCGAUUUGGGAAAUAAAGCCAAGGUCUUGAAGGUCCGUUUCACCCACAAGGGUCUGAAUAAACCGGUUAACACCUUGUUUGUGGGCACCUCGCCCGAAUUGGAAUUGGCCCUGUAUACGGUCUGCUUUAAAUUGCGUCCUGACAGAACCUGCCCUGUGUCCUUGGGUAACAGUAAAUUUGGUAUUGUUACCUAUUCGUGGCGUUAUCGUGGCAAGAGUUUAAUUGGUAGUGCCUAUCCUGAGAUUUAAGA